UGCAGAGGAUCCGCCACCCGCUCCGCACCCCGAGGACAGCACGGUCGCCGGCAGACGCGCAAGCAGAGAUGGGGCUGGCCCUCCUCCUCCUCCUCCUGGGGCUCCUGUCCCUGGGCCGUCCCUCGACGGCCGUCCCGCUCCAGCAGGAGCAGGCGCCGGUAGUCAUCUCCUUCCCCGGGGAGCUGGUCAGCCAGCGGAGCGACGUGGAGCUGGCCACCCACUACCUCCAGCAUUUUGGAUAUUUAAAAGAGUCGGAGAUUUCGGGCGGCGGCGGUCAGGUGACCCUGGCCUCUGCUCUCAAGAAGAUGCAGCAGAGGCUGGGCUUGAAGGAGACGGGGCAGUUGGACUCCCCAACCCUGGAUGCCAUGCGAGCCCCUCGCUGCGGAGUUCCGGACGUUGGCAGCUUCCAGACUUUCCAGGGGGACCUCAAGUGGGACCACACCGACAUCACCUACCAAGUGCUGAACUACUCGCCUGACCUGGACGCCUCCAUCAUAGAGGACGCCUUCCAAAGGGCCUUCAAGGUGUGGAGUGAUGUCACGCCGCUCACGUUCACGCGCAAGGAGAGAGGGAAGGUCGACAUUGAGAUCCGGUUUGGAACUGAAGAACAUGGCGAUGGCUACCCCUUUGACGGCAAGGAUGGGCUCCUGGCACACGCCUUCCCUCCGGGCAAAGACCGCUUUAGCGGAGACGCCCAUUUUGACGAUGACGAAUCCUGGACUCUGGGCACUGGAAGUGUGGUGAAGACCUACUACGGGAACGCCAACGGGGCCCUCUGCCACUUCCCCUACAUCUUUGAGGGAAAGUCCUACUCCACGUGCACCACCGAUGGUCGCUCGGAUGGUUUGCCCUGGUGCGCCACCACGGCCAGCUUCGACCAGGACAAGACCUAUGGAUUCUGCCCCAGCGAACUUCUGUACACCUUCGACGGGAACAGCGACGGAGCAAAGUGUGUCUUCCCCUUCGUCUUCGAGGGCAAGUCCUACGACGGCUGCACCACCGAGGGGCGCACGGACGGCUACCGCUGGUGCGCGACCACUGACAACUUUGACCAGGACAAGAAAUACGGCUUCUGCCCCACCAGAGACACGGCCGUGUUCGGCGGGAACUCCCCCGGCGAGGAGUGUGUCUUCCCUUUCACCUUCCUGCGCCAGACGUACAGCGCCUGCACCUCCGAGGGACGGUCCGACGGGAAGCUGUGGUGUGCCACCACCAGCGACUACGACACGGAUAAGAAGUGGGGCUUCUGCCCCGAUAAAGGGUACAGCCUCUUCCUGGUGGCUGCGCAUGAGUUUGGCCACUCGCUGGGCUUGGAGCAUUCCAGCAUUCAGGACGCCCUGAUGUAUCCCAUGUAUCGCUACGUUGCUGAUUUCCACCUGCACUCGGACGACGUGGCUGGAAUCCAGUUCCUCUACGGUUCCGGGACUGGGCCCAGCCCCCCCACUCGAAGGCCCGACGUCCCCACUCGAAGGCCCAACGUCCCCACCCAAAGGCCCGACGUCCCCACCCAAAGGCCCGACGUCCCCACCCAAACCACCACGGAGGCUGAUGACACGUCUACCUCGGGCGAGGACGGCUCCGUGACCGAGUCCACCCCGGUGGAGCCCACGAGUGACGCCUGCAAAGUCCAGGGCUUCGAUGCCGUGACGCAGAUCAAGAAGGAGUUGUACCUCUUCAAGAACGGGCAAUACUGGAAGAAGCCGGCGGCAGGAAUGGGGCCGAUCAAAGGCCCGCUGCGGAUCCAGGACACCUGGCCAGCCCUCCCCGAUGUGGUCGAUGCCGCCUUCCAGGAUAAGCUGACCAAGAAGCUCUUCUUCUUCUCUGGCCAGCGCUUCUGGGUGUACCAGGGGACAAGAGUUUUGGGCCCGCGGAGCAUUGAGAAGCUGGGCAUCAGCAGAGACGUGCCAAAGAUCUUCGGGGUACUGCAGAAGGGCCGUGGCAAGGCCCUGCUCUUUCACGAAGACAAGUACUGGAGGCUGGAUGCCAAAGCCGAGCGGGUGGACCAGGGCUACCCAAAACGCACUGAUGAUGUCUUCUCUGGAGUCCCUCUUGACUCACAGAAUAUCUUCUUGUACCAAGGCAAGUACCACUUCUGCCGGAACCCCUUCUGCUGGCGAAUGACCCCACAGUACCAAGUGGACAAGGUGGGCUACCUGAAGUAUGACAUCCUGGAAUGUCCGGAGCAGUAGGGCCCAUCCCACGCCGCGGGGACACUCCUCGGGGGCAGGCGACUGGAGCCAGCCGUGAGCCGAGCAGGGAUGCUGGCCCAGGCGGAGGCUGGCAUGCUGCCCAGCGGUGGCAGAGUGGACUCUCGGGCUUCCGCCCCUCUUCUGCCUCCUGCCCGCCAGCCAACACGGAGCCGCCUGGCUGCACAACAGAGACUUGCUGGCGCAGAGGCAGAAAGCCUGCUUGGCCAUGAUCCUGCGCACUCUCUGGACUCGGUGGGAGCAGGAGGCGUUACUCGGUGGCCAGUGAAGACCUCCCCCCUCCUCACACCAGCACAGCACAGCUCCCCGUCCCCCUCUGUCUCACAGGGCAGCUUUUGCAUCUGGCUCAUUUGAAAUAAAGAGACUCCG